UUGAACCAACAUGGCGUAGGAGGGUACGGAAUGAGAGAGCAGCAGAGAAGAAAGGGACGGCGGGAGAGAGAGGCGGCGGGGAAUGUUUCGCCGCAUGGAGGACGCAUAUUCGGUGCUUGAGGAACUUUUGAGCGUUGGUCGGUACCACAGCAGAAGAUAUAUUGGACCUGUUCCCCUUGGUGAACUAAGUCUUGGAUAAAAGAAACUACGUCCAUUUGUUGCAUCUUUUGUGGCCAUUUUCCUCAAUCUAGUGGGCUGAGCAAGCUGCUCUAAAGGCCAACUCAGAGGCUUCCUACAAAUUUCAUCUCUUGGGAUCCAACAGCAACCUGAUGUUCCCAGUCACCAUCUCAUUCAGGAUGGCUACAUCAUCAGCUUCAUAUGAUCAGCUGCUGAAGCAAGUUGAGGCACUUAAAAUGGAGAAUUCAAAUCUGCGACAAGAAUUAGAAGACAACUCAAACCAUUUGACACAACUCGAGACAGAGGCAUCCAACAUGAAGGAAGUCCUGAAGCAACUGCAGGGUAGCAUUGAAGAUGAGGCUCUGGCUUCUGCUGGACAGAUUGAUCUACUAGAACGACUAAAAGAACUGAACUUGGAGUGCGUAAAUUCACCUGCAAUAAAAUUAAGGCCAAAGAUGUCACUGCAUUCAUAUGGAAGCCAAGAAGGAUCAGUGUCUGGUCAGUCAGGAGAGUGUAGUCCAAUUCCAGUGGGUUCAAUUCCAAGAAGAGGAUUGAUCAAUGGAAGCAGAGAAAGCACUGGGUACUUAGAAGAAUUAGAAAAAGAGAGGUCUUUGUUACUUGCUGAGAUUGAAAAGGAAGAGAAGGAAAAGGACUGGUAUUAUGCACAGCUUCAAAAUCUUACAAAGAGGAUUGAAAAUCUCCCCCUUACAGAAAAUAAAUCAUCACAAACUAAGCAAGAACAAGCAGUGCCACAUGAUGCAGAUGGACCGAGUGAUUGUCUGGAAACAACAGAAGCCAGCGUGAGCACGGCAGGGAGUGGGCAGGGUUCAGGAUCACGAGUUGAACAAGAUACUAUUAGUGUAAUGAGCUGCAGUAACUCCUACUCAGUUCCUCGAAGACUGACAAAUCACCUGGGUACCAAGGUGGAAAUGGUAUACUCGCUGCUGUCAAUGCUUGGCACACACGACAAGGAUGAUAUGUCUCGAACUUUGCUAGCAAUGUCUAGUUCUCAGGACAGCUGCAUAGCUAUGCGUCAGUCUGGUUGUCUUCCACUGCUCAUACAGCUUUUGCACGGCAAUGAUAAAGACUCUAUGCUGCUCGGCAAUUCACGUGGCAGUAAGGAGGCCCGUGCACGGGCUAGUGCUGCACUACACAAUAUCAUCCAUUCGCAGCCAGAUGACAAGAGAGGAAGACGGGAGACCCGUGUUCUUCACCUGCUGGAACAGAUCCGUGCAUAUUGUGAGACAUGUUGGGAAUGGCAGGAGGCACAUGAACAAGGCGUUGAUCAGGAUAAAAAUCCAAUGCCAUCUCCAGUGGAACACCAGAUCUGUCCUGCAGUGUGUGUCCUGAUGAAGCUUUCCUUUGAUGAGGAACACAGGCAUGCAAUGAAUGAACUUGGUGGUUUACAGGCAAUAGCUGAAUUAUUACAAGUGGAUUGUGAGAUGUAUGGCCUCACCGAUGACCAUCACAGCGUUACAUUGCGAAGAUAUGCUGGGAUGGCACUUACAAAUUUAACUUUUGGGAAUGUUGCAAAUAAGGCUACACUCUGUUCUAUGAAAGGUUGUAUGAGAGCAAUGGUGGCUCAGCUUAAAUCAGAAAGUGAAGAUCUGCAACAGGUAAUUGCAAGCGUGUUGCGAAAUUUAUCAUGGCGAGCAGAUGUAAACAGUAAAAAGAUCUUGCGUGAAGUUGGUAGUGUGAGUGCUUUAAUGGAAUGUGCACUGGAUGUUAAAAAGGAAUCAACUCUAAAGAGUGUUCUCAGUGCCCUUUGGAACUUAUCUGCACACUGCACUGAGAAUAAGGCUGACAUCUGUACUGUGUGUGGAGCACUUGCCUUUUUAGUCAGCACUUUAACUUACAGAAGCCAAACCAAUACACUUGCCAUUAUUGAAAGUGGAGGUGGCAUCCUAAGGAAUGUUUCCAGUUUGAUUGCUACAAAUGAAGAUCACAGGCAAAUCCUCAGAGAAAACAAUUGCUUACAGACGUUGCUGCAACACUUAAAAUCUCACAGUCUGACAAUAGUUAGCAAUGCAUGUGGAACCCUUUGGAAUCUAUCCGCUCGAAAUGCCAAGGAUCAAGAGUCUUUGUGGGACAUGGGAGCAGUUAGCAUGCUUAAAAAUCUAAUUCAUUCUAAACACAAAAUGAUUGCAAUGGGAAGUGCUGCAGCUUUGAGGAACCUGAUGGCUAACAGACCUGCCAAAUACAAGGAUGCCAACAUCAUGUCUCCAGGAUCAAGUCUACCAUCUCUGCAUGUUCGAAAACAAAAAGCUCUGGAAGCAGAGUUAGAUGCUCAACAGUUAUCAGAAACUUUUGAUAAUAUUGAUAACUUGAGUCCCAAGGCAUCUCAUCGCAACAGACAAAGACACAAACAGGGCAGAUACAGUGAAUAUGUUUUAGACUCUAGUAGACUUGAUGAUGGGGUAGGCAGGUCAGAGAGUUUCAACACUGGAAACAUGACUGUCUUAUCACCUUACGUGACUUCCUCAAUGCUACCGAAUUCAUCAAGAGACAGCAGGGGAACUGUUGAUAGCUCCAGACCAGAAAAGGAGAGGAACAUAGAAAGAGAUCAAAGAGGACCAGAUGCUGCUUCCUUUCCUCCUGAAAAUGCACCAGAUCCUUCCAAAAGAUUGGGGAGGCAGGUGCCUGCCACCACAGCUCAAAUAGCCAAGGUCAUGGAAGAGGUAUCAAGUAUGCAUUUAUCAUCAGAGGACAGGAAUUCACCGUCAGCUUCUGAUUUGCGCUGUCUGCCAGAGGACAGGACUGGAAUGAGACAAGGUUCAUCAUCUCAUUCCCAUCCUAGCAUGUUUAACUAUAGUAAAUCUGAAAACCCCAAAAGAACCACCACCAUGCCUUAUGGGAAAACAGAGUACAGGAGGUCAUCAAAUGACGGUCUAAAUAGUGUUAGCAGUAGUGAUGGAUAUGCUAAAAGAGGGCAAAUGAAGCCGUCGAUUGAAACCUUCUCAGACGGUGAUGAAAGCAAAUUCUGCAAUUAUGGAAAAUAUCCAGCUGAUCUCGCCAAUAAAAUUCACAAUGCCAAUCAUUUGGAAGACAAUGAUGCAGAACUGGAUACACCAAUUAACUACAGUCUCAAAUACUCAGAUGAACAGUUACAUUCUGGCCGACAGAGCCCAUCACAAAAUGAACAAUGGGCACGCCAGAAGCAUAUUGUAGAAGAAGAGAUGAAAAGAAAUGAACAUAAGCAGUCUGGAAGUCAACCCUCUGGAUAUUCUAUUUUUUGUGAAAAUACCUGCAGUGGAGAGGAAGGGCAUAUUAAAUUCCAACCUCGAUUUAGUCAGUCAGAUUGUUCUUAUAGUACCAGGGUACAUAACAGUUCUCAUCAAAUUAGAGUCGACUCUGAACACAGAAUGAACCAAAAAAUUAAUCCUUCUGUUUGCCAAGUGGAUGACUAUGAAGAUGACAAACCAACCAAAUACGGUCAGCGUUACUAUGAAGAAGAACAGCCUGAGGGGGAAGAGGACAGGCCCACAAAUUAUAGUAUGAAGUUUACAGAGGAGGAACACCAUGUCGAACAGCCAAUUGAUUAUAGUUUGAAAUAUGCUACAGAAGUGCCUCCCUCUUCACAGAGACAACCUUUUAUAUAUUCAAAAGGUCCUUCAGUUCAAAGCACUAUAAAAGACCAUGCAUCAUCAAGUUGUGGAAACACACCAAGUUCCAAUAUCAACACUACCAGCCAACGGAGACGACUUCAUCCCAGCCCUACACAAACAAGAACAACUGCUGCUCCUACUGUUCAGAAACCAACCAGUUGUAAGACUCCUUCAAUUAACCAAGAAACCAUGCAAACUUACUGUGUGGAGGAUACACCUAUUUGCUUUUCAAGGUGUAGUUCACUUUCUUCCUUGUCGUCAGAGGAUGAGAUGGAGGGUCGUAGCCAAACCAAACAUGUAGCAGAUGAUGGCACCAUUCUGCAGAUCAUUGACCUCAAGGAAAAUAAUGGACAGCUAUCUGUUGAAACAACAAUAAGUGAGGCUUCCUCUACUUCACAUCAUACCCGAAUGAAACAGAAUAGGUUGCAGGCCACUAAUGUGUCUCAACCUGAUAUUGGUCGUCAAAAAGCUGUUGAGUUCUCUUCAGGUGCAAAAUCACCAUCGAAGAGUGGAGCUCAGACUCCGAAAAGUCCACCAGAACAUUAUGUGCAGGAAACUCCUUUGGUGUUUAGUAGAUGCAGUUCUGUCAGUUCAUUGGGAAGCUUUGAAAGUCAGUCAAUUGCUAGCUCCAUUCAGAGUGAACCUUGCAGUGAAAUGGUUAGUGGAGUUAUAAGCCCAAGUGAUCUUCCAGACAGUCCAGGACAGACAAUGCCUCCUAGUAGAAGUAAGACUCCUCCGCCCCAGCCAGCUCAGCUAAAGAGAGAUGCACAUAAAAUCAAGGAUCAGACUAAUGUUAAGAGCAGAGAGGUUGGCCAACGGCAGGAGGCUGUGAAUGAAGCAGUUCAGAGAGUCCAGAUUCCUCAGGAUGGUGAUUGUCUGAUGCAUUUUGCCACAGAAAACACUCCAGAUGGAUUCUCAUGUGCAUCAAGCUUAAGCACUCUUAGCCUGGAUGAGCCGUUUAUUCAGAAGGAUCUUGAGCUCACAGUAAUGCCUCCUGUUUAUGAAGAUGAUCACAAGAAUGAAGAGAUUGUUGAGAAAGAAGAUGUAACUGAGAAAAAUAAACGUAAAGUAGAGAAAUCUGCAAAACCUGAGAAAGAUAUACUGGACGAUGAUGAUUAUGAUAUUGAUAUCUUAGAAGAAUGCAUAAAUUCAGCCAUGCCAACUAAAUCUUCAAGUAAAGCUAAGAAAACUGCUGCUAGUACUACAUCACGGGUACCACCUCCUGUAGCAAGAAAACCAAGUCAAUUGCCUAUGUACAAAUUGCUUUCUAAUCAAAAUAGAGUUCAUUCUCAAAAGCACGUCAGUUUUAACCAUGACUUAUUUAGAGAAGAUAUGCCACGAGUUUACUGUGUUGAGGGGACUCCAAUAAACUUUUCAACAGCAACAUCUCUAAGUGACCUCACCAUUGAGUCACCUCCAAAUGAAUUGGUAAGUUCAGAGGCUAUUCAGCCUGUGUCUGAAUCUACAGUGUUGGAGAAGAGAGAUACCAUGCCUACUGAAGGCAGGAAUAUGGAUGAUGCAGAGACAGCAAAAGGUCUCAGUACUGCUCAGUCAGGGCAAGAUGACAAAAUGGAGGAAGGUGAUAUUUUAGCUGAAUGUAUAAACUCUGCUAUACCAAAAGGAAAGAGCCAUAAACCCUUCAGAAUUAAAAAAGUGAUGAGCCAAGUUCAACAAGCAUCAAAUUCUUUGAACAGUGCAAAUCCACAAGAGAUAGAAAAUCAAAACCCAACAUCUCCAAUGAAGCCAUUGUCUCAGAACAAUGAGUGCAAGGUGCGUUCAUUACAACGUACAUCCAUACCUGAUCCUGAAAGUAGCUUCAAUGCUGAAGAUCCCUCCACAGAACACGGAGACAUCGAGAAAGGUGGCAAAAAGCAAGUUACAAAAAACAUUGCUGGGGAUUUUCAAGAUAAGCCACCUAGUAACGAUAACCGUGUGCGUGGAGGCUUUGCAUUUGACUCUCCACAUCAUUAUACCCCAAUUGAAGGAACUCCAUAUUGCUUUUCCCGAAAUGAUUCCCUCAGUUCACUCGACUUUGAUGACGACGACACUGAUCUCACAAAAGAAAAAGCAGAAUUAAAAAAACAAAAGGGCAAAAAGGACAAUGUUUCCAGUGAUGUAAAGAGUUGUAACAGCAGGUUACAGACAGUCUCUUUUUGCAGCACACACACAGCAGUGUACAUUAAUACACUGUAGCUA